UAGAUAUAAAAUUCUUGCAGAUGUAGUUUAUGAAAGCACAGCCUGCAGCUAGAGAGCGAGAGGACAACUCUCUGCAGACUCAAAUGAAACGGGUUUCUGAGACUAAUGAUGUUCCAGCUUCCUGUUCGCUGCUAUGGAGGGAACGAUGGCAGAAAGCGAUGAUAACACUUUGGAUGAGGAGGAGCUGAGAUGAACAGCAGUGGAGUCGAUAAUGACUUCUCAUACUCCUCUUCUUUCCUCUUUGAUUCACAAGUUUCAUCAUCAGGAUCAUCAGGAGUUUUUGUUCAUGUCGAAGGACAAGAAGCUUAUUUUCAAAAAACUUUACAAGGCAAACUUUUCUCUCCCAAGGAGACUCAGUUUCAUUACUGACAGAGAGGCUGAAGGAGAAGGAGACCACAGGAGUCCAUUUUCAAGACCGUAAAUCCAUCUGGGACACAAAGCUCAGUCCUGACUGAAUUUAACCCACACGUGGAUCCAGAGCUGCAAACGAUGUGCAGAUUUAUGAAGUCCUGGCAGGAAGACUCAAAAGAGUAUAAAUGGAGAGCAUGAGGAUAUGUUGCAUUUAUUUUGUUUCACCUCAGUUUGGACAAAUAACCUCAGAAACAAAGAAAGAAAAUCAGAGAGAACUAAUCAGUUGGAUUAUUAAAACCAGUGAUGCAGAGCCAGUUGAAGAGCUGACAGAUCGGUACCAAAGAAAAGCUUGUGGACAUUGAGUCUCUGUGCGUAGCUGAAAUAAGAAAAUUAUGACUGAGACAGCUGUUAAUCAAUCAAAUACAACUCUGAACUUACUCUGAUUCCCUGCAAAGGAUUCAUGUGUGUCAGAGUAGCUCAACUCAAAAUAACACCCAGUUUAAAAUCAGUUCACAUCUGGAACAUGAUGGGUGGUUCUGAUGCAGAGGUACUCAAGUUCAUCUGACUGGACUGUUGAGUACGUUAGACAAAAAGUUGGGAACCUCUGCUCCGACAGUGUGACCUGAACUCUUUAGACCCUCACGUUUUUCUGAAACAGCAUCUUAUAGUCAUUAGACAACUUCAGCACUGUGGUGCUUCUUCCUCUUGUCCUCUCCUUGGUCACUUGGUUUACUCUAAAAGAAACUCCAGACCAGCAAUGGUUCCUCCACGACCUUCUACUAACAAGCCCCAUGUCUGCCUGACAGCAGUACUGAUCAUGACCAGCCUGGCACUGAUGGAUGCCUAUCUGGUGGAGCAGAACCCAGGUCCCAGGAGGAUUGGCGUGUGCAUCGCCGUGCUGGCAGGUGAUGUGUGUUUUGUCAUUGCGCUUCGAUACGUCGCCGUCUGGGCCGGGUCGGAGGUGCACACGGCCAGGCGAGGUUACGCCAUGAUCCUCUGGUUCUUCUACAUCUUCAUCCUGGAGAUCAAGGUCUACUUUGUCUAUCAGAACUACAAGUCUCAGGACAUGGAUGUAGAUGCAGAGGUGACAGACCCAGGUGUGUCCAGGCGAGCUCUCACACUGCUGCUCUCUGUCUGCAUGCCCAUUGUGUUCAUAACACUGUCGGCCAUAGAUCAUUUGGAAUACUUGCGGCCGUAUAAGAAAAGAGAGGAGAUAAGGAGUCGUCUCUUCUGGGUGGUGUUGGACCUGCUGGACAUUGUGGAUGUUCAGGCCAACCUGUGGGAGCUUCAGGGGGAAGGACUUCCCCUGUGGGUGGAGGGACUGAUGUUCUUCUACUGCUACAUCCUCCUCCUGGUGCUGCCCUGUGUCUCCCUGAGCGAGAUCAGCAUGCAGGGGGUGAACAUCAUCCCCCACAAAAUGAUGCUCUAUCCCAUCCUCAGUCUUGCCACCAUCAACAUCAUCACCCUCUUCAUUCGCGGGGGGAACCUGCUCAUUUACGGCGACAUCCGGAUGUCGGGGAUCAUGAUGGGGAAGAACGUGAUUGCCAUCGUUGUGAAGAGCUGCAGUCUGGUGGAGUACAGGAAACACCAACCAGCCUCUCCUCCGGCAGAGAGAGGAGCAGAGAUGCAGAAGAACCCCCUGGGAGAUGUUCAGAUAUGUAACACCCAGCCCAUGGUGCUGCCGAGGGUCGUGAUCGAAGACCUCACCACCAUACCGGAGGAGGAAGGCAGUGAUGACAGAUGUGAACAAACAUGAGAUGAGGCAUCAAGAAACAAAACCCCAGUAAAUGAUUAUAGGACAAUGAUGAACGAGUCUGCGUCAGGACUCAGUGGUACUGAGUGAGAAACACGUCUGAUAUUUCUGAGACUGUUGUUAGUUAAGUCCUGGUCUGUGGUGUACAGUGGAUACAUAAACUCUGUGUUUGACUUCCUGUCUGCCAGAUCACAGCUGGACCUUUAUCACAGAUGCUGAUGUCUGCAGGACUCAAACCCUGGUGGAAACAACAGAGCCUAAUAGAUUUAACAGUGUGGACAGAGCUGAGUGUAAAACAUUUAGGGAAACAUUUAGGAUCUGUACAGUAAACAAGAGGCUUACAUCCAGCAGCUGCUUAGCUUAGCUUAGCAUAAAGACUAGAUAUACAGAGAUUCUAGAAAAGUUUUUUUACACUUUAGGUUAAACAAACAAAAUAUUAUUCAUUAAUCAAUGAGCUUGUGAGGUGCUGGUUGGAAUAAUAGAGCCAGGCUAGCUGUUUCCCCUUGUUUCCAGUCUAUGCUAAGCUAAGCUAACUAGCUGCUGGCUAUAGCUCAAUGAUCACCAUGCAGACAUUAGAGAGACAUCAAUCUGAACUUGCGAAGCAAGAAAGAGGAUUAUCAUCUUUUCCAACAUGUUGAAUUAUUUCUUUUACAUUUUGUAUCCAGAUCCUACAGAAUGAUGCUGUUUGCUGUUUCCAUAAAUAAAGGUCUGUGAGUGGAGUCAAACAGAGGAUGAUGCCAUCUCAGUGUCUCAGUUCCUGGUCUCCUGAUGUGGUUUCAAACAGCAGGACGUUUGGCGGCUCACAGUAACAAGAGACACUAAACUGCUUCUGUAAAUGACAGAGGUGUAAAUAUGAUGUAAGGUAUGAGAAAACAACAACUAGAGAACAUUAUCAGUAACAUAAAGAAAAAUAAUACUGCGUUGAGAUCUGAUUUUUUUCUUCCCCUAAUAAUGACUUUAAAUUAUUAAAGUUAUGAGGAAUCAUCAGUAAGUUGGGAUUUUGUUGUUUUCUGCAU